AUGAGUUGGAAAAUGGAUGAUAAAGUGAGAAAAUUCAAAGUGAUAGAUCCAUUUACGACGGUCAAAAAAUUUGGGACCAGGAAUAAUCCGACGGGAAUGACGGACAUCCACAUAAGAGAUUCCAAUCCGAUCUACAAUCUCGAAUUUCUGACGAUAAAGUGCGAGAACACGACGAAAUAUUUACGAAGAAAACGGAAGGAGUACAAGGAAUUGAUUAGAGAACUCGAUGGAGAAUACAAAAUUUUCGAGGAGUGUGAAAACGCGUUUGUGAAACAGUUCAAGAAAUACGACAACUUCGUGCAACUCAACAAAGAGAAGCAAAAAAGGUUGAAAGAACGAAGUCGCGUGGAGGAGGCUAAUUUUAAAAAAUACAGCGCAUUAGUCGACAUACUAACUGUGCAAUGCGACAAAAUGGCCGAGGUCAAAGAAAAAUUGGAAAACCAACUUCAGCGUCACAAAGUGUACGAACUGUUCUUCAAAAAGGUUGCGAAAAUGUAUGGAAUGAACAAUAUUGAGAUCAUGCACAGAUUUUAUUUGUUGUUGCAACUGAGAAAAGAACACGACGAUCUUUGUUACAACAGACACCUGGAAAUUAUAAAAGUGAAACAGGAACUUAAAAAAUAUGUAGAACAGAGACGUAAUGAAAUUAUGGGUCUAAAUUACAUAAUGUCAACUACCAUUGAAAAACAUGCGAGGAUUAAGCACAAAAUUAUAGAAUGGGAGAACCUGAUUCAAGACAUCCUUUCGUAUACGACAGAACGAGAAUCACUGUACUGCGGAACAAAAAUGCAACUUGGCACUCUGUUUGAACAUGUCGUUAACACUUCCUUCGAUAAGUCGAAAGUAGCUAGUGCUGAGCAAACGUAUAUAGAAGAAGCGAGGGUAAAUAUUGCUACACAAUUGGACAUCAUCAAGCUUCAACUUCUGAUACGAAGUCAAGCUAUUAAAUUAUUAAAAACAGUGCGUUCUUCUAUUAGGAAAUCUACCGCAUCAAUAUUGGGGUAG